AUGUCACAAAACUCAACAGAUGCAAAACGGAUCGAACCACCGCGGAAGGUCGAUUUUAUGCUCAAACCACGGUUUACAAACAACGUCCCUGAUGUUCCGUUUGAUGCAAAGUUUAUGCCAUGCCCAUUCGUUCCUCUCAGCAGGUAUAUCAAUCAAUUUGAAUUUUUAAAACGUUAUUUUUCUAGAUUCGUCGAAUAUAAGCCAUCGACAGUCGAUCGAGACUGCAAACAUGCAAUCAUUUGUGACGACGAUAUGGGAUUGAGCGUAGACUUGAUCGAUUUGAGAAAAUACGACGAAGAUCCAGCUGACUAUGCCAUGGACGAGAAAGAUAAUAUACUGCUUGAAGAUGAAAGCGCUUCAAAGAUGAGUAUUAAGAGAUCAGCGCAGCACUCGAAACUUGUCCCAUGGAUGAGAAAGACGGAGUAUAUUUCAACAGAGUUCAAUCGGUUCGGAGUAACGGCUGACCGACAGGAAACUAAACUAGGAUACAAUCUGAAGAAAAAUCAACAAGUUGAGGACAUGUAUCGUGACAAGCAGAGCCAAAUUGAUGCGAUCAAUAAGACAUUUGAAGAUGUUCGCAAACCGGUCACAGCACAUCAUACAAAGAAGAACAUGAAGCCAGUAGAGGAGUGCUACAUAUUCCCAGAUUUCGAGCACUGGAAGUAUUUGUUCACGCAUGUCCAAUUCGAUGGUGACACGAUAACAACAGAGUUCGGAGAAGACGAGAAGAGACAGGCGCAAGAAAGUAGUGUUAUCAAGGGAAUGGAGUAUGAAGACAAAAAGUUUGCUGCUCUCUUCGUGCCUACUAUUGAAGGUCUCACCCAUAUGAUGGAGGAUCUUGAAAUGGACCGCCCAUUCGAUCCGGAUCAAAAGUACGAGUUCUUGUUGAGUCGUGAAUACGACUGGAAAAUGGAGCAUGUGCCACCGAGAGAUCGCGACGUAUUUGUGUUUUAUCAGCGAGGACCUACUAUGCAAUACAAUGAGAUUGAUAGUAACGUCAAGAUGACAAGAAGACGGAAGAUGUGCUUAAGUAGAAAUUCCAAGUUGACAAUUCAAUAUCGUCCGUUCAAUGAAACAGAAACCGAGGCUAUGAGAAGAAGGGAAAUCGAACUAUACGAGCAACCCAAGAAUAGAAGACAGGAGAGGCUGGAAAGAAUGGAAGAAGAAAAGGAAGACGGGGACAGUUCUGCACGAAGCAGUGAUUCUGAAGACGCUAAGCCACGCAGGGAAAAACCACCACGAAGCGGUAGCAGCAGCAGUGCUUCCGGAGAGUCUUCCGACGAUGGCUCACCAAAAAAGAAGAAAGCGAUUUCCGACAGUGACAGUGAUUGA